AGGAAGGCUGGCGGACAGACUGGAGACUGAGGUCAGUAAGGAGACCAGCUGUCUCUCCUCCUACUAGGUCAUGUGCCCUGCGCACUGUAGAUGAGGGAAGGCACUUUCUACCACCCACAUUAAUUUACACAGACCAGUCUAUCUGAGUUCCCCUCAGGAAACUCUUUCAGUUGAUAAGCUACUUUUUUCUUAGCUCUGUCGCCCAUCGUUCAGUUCUUAAUAUUAAGGUUGUGGAUGAGAAAAGCUGUGUAUUUGCCUUCAUUUGCCUCUAGUUGGUCAGAAGAUUUAUGUCCUUGAAGCCUGCCCCCGGACUUGCUGCGAAUUAGGCAGCUCAAGAUGGACAACAAUUCAUCAGAAUAUAUCUAUGAUGUUUUCAUAGAAGAAGAUUUCAUUAAAGAUGAAAUGGAGCAAUGCAAUAAAUAUGAUGGCCAAGUCCUGGCCACACAGUUUAUGCCAAGACUUUAUCUGCUGGUGUUUAUAUUGGGCCUCGUGGGAAAUACUUUGAUUCUGGUGAUCCUGAUCAAGUACAAGAGACUCAAACUCACAGUGCAUCUCUGCCUCCUAAAUUUAGCAAUUUCAAAUUUAUUUUUUCUCCUCACCCUUGGAUUUGGGGCGCUCACCUCAAGGCCUGGAUGGGCUCUCGGCUAUGCAAUGUGCCAACUUAUUUCCGGCAUCUACUCCGUUGGUUUAUUCAGUCAGUCAUUUUUCAUCAUGUUUUUAGCAGUUCAGAAGUACCUGACAGUUGUCCAUAGGCUGACGUUUCACUUGAAGCCUAAGGCAGGCCAUUGGGGGAUCAUUACAAGUGCUCUCAUCUGGGGACUGGCCACUCUGGCUUCUCUUCCUGAUUUCUUGCUCCGCCAAUCUCCGUUGAAAGAUGAAAGUGACACAUGCAGAUUUAGCAAGCCUCAUUAUGCUUUGAGCGAUGAGAAAUCCUGGAUGCAUUUUCUGACCUUGAGGAUGAGCAUCUUGGGACUUCUUUUUCCUCUGCUUGUGGCUAUCUUUUGCUCCGUUGGACUCAUAAAAGUCUUAUGUAGGCAUCGCAUAGAACAAAAGGUCACACUAACCUUGACGAUAGUGAUGGUUUUUUUUCUCUUCUGGACCCCAUACAACCUGGUGCUUUUCUUGUCUACUUUCUCUAAAUACUUUUCCCUGAGUGAUUGCGAGAGUAGCUACCAACUGGACAGAGCAAUCCAAGUGACAAAGAUUAUCGCCGAUACUCACUGCUGCGUCAACCCUGUGAUCUGUGUUUCUCUUGAUGAGUCAUUUAGGAAAUACCUCUGCCGCCUUUUUAUUCGGAGCAAUAACACUCCAGGUCAUCCUCCGGAGGGACCGGAGCAAGCACAUUCUACGUCAAGAGAGCAGCUGGAGCAUACCUCUACCUGUUAGAUUGGUCUUCAAAGAGGACUGGGACAUUUUCCUUUCGCUUUCCCGUGGAGGUUGUUUAAAAUGUUUUUGAAUGUUGCACUUUAAAAUUCAUGAUUUCUAUGCAAACUACCUUAAAAUAAACUAGAACACACUAGUGUAA